AUCCAAAGAGUACAGGCGAAACAAAUGCAGCCACUAUUAAUUAUAUGUAGCCUAUGUAACUCACUGUUACUUGCAGUUUCAACCUAACGGGGAGACAUACACGCGCAUUGUUAUUCAUGUUGCUUUGUUUAUCUGGCGCAAAGUAACGUUAUUUAUAUAGCAUAGCCUAGCUUCAGUAAAACGCUGUUUUAUCCAGUUAGUCUUCUUACGCCUUGUCGUUUUUCUUCAGAAUAUAACGGGCAAAUUAAGUAACCGGAUCAGUUUCCAGGGUCUGAGUGAACAUUAUAACCAGGAAACACGUUGUUCCCAUCAACACUCUUGACCGCAAAACUACCCGGAUGUCUGAACGCUGAAGGCCGCAUGUGUGCUAACGUGGCUAAAGUCAGCUGUUGAGCUAACGACACACUUUAUCCUUAUCAUAAGUCUUCAGGGCAGCCGAUUAAAAUGUUUGGUUCCUCCAGAUCUGGAGGGGUCAGAGGAGGCCAGGACCAGUUCAACUGGGAUGACGUGAAGGGCGAUAAACACAGAGAAAAUUAUCUCGGCAACUCUUUGAUGGCACCAGUAGGACGAUGGCAGAAAGGCAAAGAUCUGUCAUGGUACGCAAAAGACAAAAAAGAUGGUGCCCCUUUGUCCAAAGAGGAAGAAAUAGCUGCCGUCAAGGCUGCAGAGCAUGAGGCACUGAUGGCUGCCCUAGGGCACAAGAAUAUAAAGAGGCAACCAACUGGCCUGACCAAAGAGGACCUUGCAGAUGUCUGCCGGAGGGAAGAUGCUGAUGGUGAAGAGAGAGAUGUGGACCGUGUCUCCGGCUUGGGAAGCUCCAGCGUAGGAUCCAAGAAAAUGGUGCUGUCCCAAAAGGAAAAGGAGGCAGCUAAAAUAGGCCUGUCUGUUUUUACGCACUGCAAAACAGAAAGUCGUCCAGAAUCCUCAGCAACAAAAACGCCUCAGAGUGUUGAAAAAGGAGAUGUCGAACUGCGGCACGACAGCAAAAAGAAAAAGAAAGAGAAGAAGAGCAAGAAGGACAAAAAGAAAAAGAAGAAGAGGCAAAGAAAAGACUCGUCCUCCUCGGAGUCAGAUGACGACAGGAAGAGGCACAGAAAGGACCACCAUCAUCAUAAUCCAUCAUACCAUAGUCAGAGUGGAGCCAGACCCCAUGACAGCCAUUCAAGGGGGGGUGCAAAGGCCGAGCGAGAGCCCUCCUACCCCCAUCAUCGACAACAGCGGCAUGACACAGACUCCUCUGAUGGGGGGUCUCCUGUCCCCCGUAACCCUGUCAGCCACAAGACAGCCCCUGCUGGUCACACACAAAGCCACAGGCGGCGCCACGACACAGACUCGGACGACUAAUGUCCUCCCCCCCCCCCCCAAUUCAAAAGACGCAUAACGGGGACAGACCGCUCUACAGCAGCUUGAGUGGCCCCGGAGACCUCAUUUACCCUGAGCAGCCAAACGGACUGUGGAAGGAGACAUGUCCAUGUCUGACUCACAGGAUUAUGUUUUUAACUCCUUCACACAAUAAGUUGGUUAUCGUUAGACACUGUUUUUUUUUCGUAGUAUUUUUGGUUGUGUUUGGCAAGAAUAUAAGAAAACACAAUAAUGUUAUCAACCCACCAAAUAUGGAAACAUUUUAAGAUUGAGAGAUUGAGAUGAUUUGAUUUUAGUUUUUGAUCUACCUAGUGCAAAACACAGUGUAAGAUAACAAUACAAAAUGUUAUUUUAAUUCCGAUGUCUGGUAGCUUUUACUGUUUUUUACUAGAGACUAAGAACAUGAUUUGCUGCAAGCAGAAACAUAUACAUAUCCCACCUUUUUUUUGAAUGCCCAAAGUAUUUUCUUGAACACUGUUUGCUGACAGGAUGAAUACAAGUUCAAAACAUAAUUUACAGAUUGAAUUAGCAUUCUUUAUAUGCAUUUCUAUUUAAAUGGCAGUAUUUUUUUUUUACAAAGCUUUAACUUUUAAAAGUUGUGGUAAUUUGUGUCAUGAGCACAGUACAUUUGUAUCAUUAACACCCACUUUACAGAGAAAAAUAUUUAGAUAUAAAAAAUUGCAGCUGUCUUGCAAAAAUAAACCUAUGUUUGAAGUCAA